UCUUUAAUGGCGUUUCAUCCUAACCAUCUUCAACAACAGAUGGCUCUACAGCAACAUUUCUCCGACACCGACAACAAUUCCGUCCUUCGUACAAUUCUCCCGGACCACCAUCACCUCGCCGUCGCCGCCCAGUCUUCUUCUCCUUCUUCUCGUUCUGCCGGAAAAGACCAUUGGCUCAAUAGCGCGAUUCUCCGGCAACAAGGUCAGUACGCCGGUGGGGCUACCGACGGGAGUAAUAAUUUCCUCAACUUGCAAACCAACAAUAAUUCGGAUUCGCCAGUGUCAACGUCUUCACAGCAUCUUCAUCAUCAUCACCAUCCUCAUCAACAAGGUGGGAAUAAUAACCAGUGGCUAUCGAGAUCGAUGCUGCAAAGAAACGUUAGUGAUGUUGGAGGAGACGACAUCGUUACCCAAGUCUCCAACGAUUCGAUUAUCGCCGCUAUGUCAUCUCAUGAUUCUCCUGAUUUAAACAACAAUCAAUCCAGAAACAUCGUCAACAGUCCGGUCGAUAACAAUGGCGGAGGCGAGCUAGGGGAGAGUGAAGACGGAGGUGGCGACAUUAACUGGCAAAAUGCGAGAUACAAAGCAGAAGUACUCUCACAUCCGCUGUAUGAACAAUUAUUAUCAACUCAUGUCGCUUGUUUGAGAAUCGCAACUCCCGUUGACCAGUUACCCAGAAUCGAUGCACAGUUAGCACAAUCACAGCAUGUUGUAUCAAAGUAUUCAGGUUUUGAAGGACAAAGUAAUCUUGGAGAUGAUAAAGAACUUGAUCAAUUCAUGACUCAUUAUGUUCUGUUACUUUGUUCUUUCAAAGAACAACUACAACAACACGUUCGUGUUCAUGCAAUGGAAGCAGUAAUGGCGUGUUGGGAGAUCGAACAAUCGUUACAAAGCUUAACAGGAGUGUCACCUGGAGAAGGUACAGGUGCAACAAUGUCAGAUGAUGAUGAAGAUCAAGUGGAUGAAAGUGAUAAUGGAAAUUUGUUUGAUGGGAGUUUUGAUGGACAUGACAGCAUGGGAUUCGGGCCUCUUGUUCCAACAGAGAGUGAGAGAUCGUUAAUGGAGCGUGUAAGACAAGAGCUUAAACAUGAGCUCAAACAGGGUUACAAGGAGAAGAUUGUGGAUAUUAGGGAGGAAAUUUUACGCAAAAGAAGAGCCGGAAAACUUCCCGGCGACACCACGUCUGUGUUAAAAUCAUGGUGGCAAUCACAUGCCAAAUGGCCAUACCCCACCGAAGAAGAUAAGGCAAGAUUGGUACAGGAAACGGGGUUGCAAUUGAAGCAGAUAAACAAUUGGUUUAUUAAUCAAAGGAAGCGAAAUUGGCAUAGCAAUCCUUCUUCUUCUACAGUCUUGAAGACUAAACGCAAAAGAAGCAAUGCAGUUUCAAGAAAGAUCUAG